AUGUCUGCCUCCAAGGAAUUCACCCUCAAGGAGAUUGAGGAGCACAACACCAAGAAGGAUCUUUACAUGGUCAUUCACGAUAAGGUCUACGACUGCUCCAGCUUCGUCGAUGAGCACCCUGGCGGUGAGGAGGUUCUUCUGGAUGUCGGUGGCCAAGAUGGUACCGAGGCUUUCGAGGAUGUAGGCCACUCCGAUGAGGCCCGUGAGAUCCUCGAGGGUCUGCUCGUUGGUACCGUUAAGCGCAUGCCCGGUGACCCCCAACCCAAGGCCCAAGCUGCUGCCUCCUCCUCUUCUUCCUCUUCCUCCGGCAGUGCUGGCUUCGGUGUCGGUCUCUACGGUAUCAUCCUGAUUGGUGGUGCUAUUGCCUACGGUGUCUACAACUAUCUUGAGGCCCAGAAGCAGCAACAGUAA